GAUGGGAGGUAGAAGAUCGCUUUCUUCCUUGACAAGUGACAACAUGGGAUUUUGUGUCCUGUAAACAUCUUUUUGCCUUCCUUCCAACCUUUUCUCCAUCCGAUCUCUGCUCUCGUCAAUCAUCACUCAGGCAAUCUAUUGGAGCACAAGUUGUUCAAUGGACUCCAUUGAAGAGUGAAGAUAUUACAUUUCUCAUGAUCAGUUAGGAAUUCUGAAUCCAACAUGUGGGGUUUUACUUCAAAAGCCGUUGCUGGUACUUCUGAACCAAGCAACGGCUCUUCAGCACCGAAUCAAGCUUCUUUGGACUGCUCAGAUGAUGAGAUCUCCGUAAAUAGCAGCAGAGAUGAAAGUUUGGAGUGCCCAAUUUGCUGCGAAUCUUUCAAUAUUGUAGAAAACGUGCCCUACGUGUUAUGGUGUGGUCACACGCUCUGUAAAAACUGCGUCCUCGCGCUUCAAUGGGCUGUUGUCAAACUCCCAACUAUUCCGAUUCAGCUCCCGUUUCUCAUUUCUUGCCCGUGGUGCAACCUGUUAACAUUUCGGCUCGUUUAUAAAGGAAAUCUGAGGUUUCCGCGCAAAAACUACUUUCUUCUUUGGAUGGUCGAGAGUUUGAAUGGUGAUAGAAUCAAGUCCCGUUGUUCCUCCGCCUGUGGGGACCAUCUACCGCCAACAGCUUGGCCGUGGAAUCGAGCUAGCCGUUCUGUGGGCCCAAGUGUUCAUGAGCCGAAUCAUCGUCUUCGUGAUUUCAAUGUGGAAAGGCUGCAGACGGCUCUCCAUAAGUCGUUAAUCUUGUUUGUGAACUUGACGGCCAAGUUUCCGUUGGUGUUCAUGUUUCUUCUUAUUGUUGUAUAUGCGAUACCGGCAAGUAUAGCCAUCGUAGCCGUGUACAUUCUUGUCACAAUUCUGUUUGCAGUCCCGUCUUUUCUUGUUUUAUAUUUUGCGUACCCGAGUCUUGAUUGGCUUGUAACAGAGAUCGUUGCUUAAUUGUAUAUUUUCCAAUUGUCAUU